GACGAGCACCACACGUACUCCGUCUGUGUCACCCGCAUUGGAGAGGGCAGAGCACCCCAUGUUCCAAGAAAUGGGGAGCAUUGCCCAGCCUCCAUGGCGAGGAGGCGCCUUCGUAGCCCCAGUGGUGCCGUCCAGUGCUGCUCUCUCGCAGCAACACGGCGACGGCGCCAAUUGGUUGAAGUGCAGAAGACGACGACCGAGGAGCAACGGCAUCGCCGAGCGCCUGCACGCCGUCCCCUCGCCCCGGUCUUGCUCUACACCGGCCUCCAUUUCCCUCUCGCAGGCCAGCAUCCAGCCCGGCAGAUCUCGCGCUCGGCGGCCUGCUGCUCGCGCCGGCGGCAACGCUCGAAAACGGGGUUCUCAUAGCUCCGCUGCACCGCAGACGCUGGCCGACCCAGCUGUGCACGAUCAGUGCGGCGGGGGGAUUGCUGCGGGUGGGGGGAUAGAGGUGGACAUGUUCGGGAGCAGCGGUGGUAUGUUUGGUGAUGUGGCGGGGGAUGUGGUGAAUAUGGAGAGAAACGUGUCUGCAGCGGCGGCGGGAGCGCUGGGAGACGAUGACCAUGUAGAGAUGAUGGGCACGCCACCCGAGGAACAGCACCAGCACCAGCACCAGCACGCCCAAGCCCGUUUGAAAGGGACGGAGGAAGAGGAGGUGGCGAGUUUGGAGGCAGAGAUUGGGUCGGGGAUGGACGCUUACAGUCGGCAGCUGAUUGGAGGGCUGACGAAGCUAGCUCGAAAUGGUCUGUGGAAGGCCUCAUUCAAAGUGCUUCGAGUGGAGCAGGCGCUCAACGCACGGAAGAUUUCAGCAGCUCAAGCGAACGGGGAGGAGUACUCAUCGUCUUGGCCGGUUGUGGAGCAAAAGGCGUACAACACGAUUCUGGCGGCGUUGAGCCGGGCUGGCAAGUGGGAAGAGGCCGUCCUGCUGCUGAAAGAGAUGGAGACGAGGGGAAUACAAAGAGACGCCGUCAGCUAUGCCUGCCUCAUCGCCGCGUGUGGCCGGGGCAUGCAAUGGGAAAAAGCCCUCGUUUCUCUCGCGGAAAUGAGGGAUGUGGGGAUCAAGGCGAACUCUUUCGUCUACUCUGCCGCGAUCGACGCUUGCGCCAAGGGACGGCAAUGGCAGAAGGCCUUGAUUCUGCUGCGGGAUAUGGAGGUUGUCGACGGACUACCGGCGAACUUGAUUUGCUACAACGCGGCCGCUGACGCUUGCGGGAAGGCGGGCAGACCGGGCGAGGCACUGGCGCUGCUGGCGAAGAUGCAGAAGGUGGGCAUAAAGCCGAACGAGGUCUCGUACCUGUCGGUGAUCUCGGCGUGCUCCCGCGUGGGCGACUGGAAGCGGGCGCUGCUGCUGCUGGACGAGAUGAUCGUGAUGGGCGUGCAGCCCGAUCUCAAGUGUUUUUGCUCGGCAAUCACGGCUUGCGGAAAAGGAGGCCGGUGGAAUCAGGCGCUGGGACUACUCAACAUGAUGCACAAAGACGGGCCGCCUCCCAAUGACUACUGCUACAACGCCGCCAUCUCGGCCUGCGGCAAGUCCGGCCAGUGGCGUGAGGCCAAGGAGUUGCUCUCCACCAUGCGCGAUAGAGGGGUCCCGCCGGAUCUCAUCAGCUACAACUCGGCCAUCGAUGCUUGUGGAAAGGGCGGAAGGUGGGAGGAAGGUCUGAAAAUUUUCGUUGGCAUGGUGAAGGCUGCGGAGGAACCGUGGGAUGCGGACGUGGGCCACCCCAAACCCCCCACCCCCGACGCUACGACUUACGGUGCCGCCAUCACCGCCUGCAGUCGGGGCAAGCAGUGGCAGAUGGCCCUUCGAUUCUUGGAAGACAUGGAAAAGAAGGGCGUGGAGAGAACCGAAGGGGCUUUCCAGGCUACGCUCGCCGGGUGCGCUAGGAUGGGGAGGUGGAGGGAGUGCAUCGUGACGCUGGACCAGAUGCGCAAGAGCGGCCUUCAGCCACGGGCGGCGGCGUACAACUCGGUCAUCACGGCCUGUGGGCGGGGCGGGGAGUGGCAGCGGGCGAUCGCUAUUCUGAAGCAGAUGUCGUCGAGGGGGGCCACGCCGGAUGUGAUCACCCUCAACGCGGUCAUGACUUCUUGCGCUCAGUCUCAGCGUUGGAAGCAGGCGAGGGUGAUUCUCGACUUCAUGCGAGACCCCAACAACGUUGCAACGAUCGAAUGCGGAGGGCUACUCUUCCCCGUCCUGGACAUCAACGGUGCAAGCACCGACCUAAAUAUAGUGGUGGACGGGUUAGGACGGAAGAACGGCGAGGUCAACGUUGGCAAAGGCGGUCGAGCCCCUGCUGAGGCAAGAAGCGAAGGUAGCGCCGUUGGAUUGCCCUCGACAACGACCACCUCCAUCAGCAGCAGUAGCAACCAAGAUAAUGGUGGGACUCCCGUGAAGCGACGGCGGACGAGAGAGGGGGGGUCUUGGCCUCCACGCCCGGACGCGGUCAGCUUUCACACGGUCAUGAAGGCGUUAGCAACAGAGGGGAUGUGGCACGAGGCGGUGGAAUUGUUGGAGGAAAUGGUGGAAGAAAGGCGGCGGUUCCUUCGGUCCGACGAGGCCUUUCUGGAGACCACUGUGGGGGGGGGAGGAGGGGGAGGUCGGCAGCAGCAACAGCAGCAGUGGCCAGUCAACAUCGACCGGUUUCGUGGGGUGUUCGAGAUGGAGCUCAAGAACAACGAGGUCGUCGGGCACGAGCAGCGGGGGGACUGGUCGAAGUUCGAGGUCUCGCCGCAGGUGUCCCUGAGGGCGAAGGCCAUGGACCUGCUCAUGGUGAUGGAGAGAGAGGAGAAGGAGGCGCGCCUCAAGAGGCAGACGCUGUACGACAACAUCGCACGCCGGUAGUUGGUCUGGUUCGUAACACCGCGUUGGUCUAUUUUACCCUGUGGGGGUAUUGAUGGCGAUCCCGGCUUGCACGUACAGGUAACAUACGACCGUGAGACAAGCCCGCUCCGAGCCGAGUGGUUACAGUACCCUUGCACGGAAGUACGAUGUUAAUGCUUCACGUCCAAGUUUGGUAUUUGAUCUAAAACGAUUGCCGAGUUGUGUUUGUCUCUGGUUGGGGCUGGCCUGUAUCCUAGCUGUGUUUAUCUCUGCUUGGGGCUGGCUCAAUUGAAACGAGCGCGCUCUUAUCCCUUGGCUUAGUACCCUCGAACGGAAGUCCAAUGUUUCUUGUUCAAAUCUGGUAUUUGAUCUGAAAUAUGGUAUAUAUUGUUCAUCUCUGAGUGGGGCUGGCUCAAAUACUUCAGGGGUUGUAUGCGCCGUUGUUGUCAGUGGAUGACCACGGUUUUUUUAAUUUGGUGGGUUGGGAUGUGUUCUCGACAGAGAGUGAGGAAGAAAGACUUGUCACGGGAGCGGAUGGUCUUGGUUGCUCUGGUCUAAUCAGCGUUCCAGCUAAGGCAUGGAAUCGGCCUCCCUUCAGGCCAGGCCGACCUACGCUUGAGGUAGGCGUGAUGCACUCAAGUUUUGCACAUUCAAAUAUUUUUUUCUUGUGUGUCGCGGGUAUGUUGAGCACGGAGAAUGCCGCUUUGUGAUAGGUGGUCCUAAAUUGGCAACACAGCUUGCCUCAGGGAACUGCUGUGCUGGUGCUCUAAGAGAUUGUCGGUAACGCUGAGUUAUUGUCGUUGUCAUGAUUCGGGACGGCGCGAAACCAUGAAGGGUUUGUUAUGGAAGAAAGCGGUAUUGUACUUGUUAUCAUGGGCGAACGGACAUGCAUCUAAGUUUCCCCCUGCUCCUCUCGCUCGAGCACGCCAAAGCACCAAUAGAUUAGCGUGUGUUGUACUAGACUAGGCUUAUUGUGUGUCUGGGGAGCGAAGGGGGCGGGUGUUCGCUGACGUGAACAAACUGGGCGAUCGAGGCCGCGUGAUGCUUCGGUUUUAACCAUUUAAAUUUUUGAUAUAACAUGAGGUUCCUUUU